CAACAACAACAACAAUAAUAACGACAACGACAACAACAUCGACAACGCUUCAGCACAACAACUUAGCCACGCGCCAUUUACCAUAUAGCCAUAGCUGCCGACGCUGUUGCUGUUGUUGUUGUGGUUGCCGCCGUUGCCGUAGUUCAUUCUGGCCGCCCCAAUACAACAACUUCAACAACAACAAAAGAAACAACAACAACAUCAAACGAGCAACGAAACGCGCCAGCCAAACGAACCGAAUAACAACAACAACAGCAGCAACGCAUCGCACGAAGUCGCCGCCAGCAGCGGUGGCCUCGCUGUCGCCACCAGCACCAGCAACAGCAGCAGCAGCAACGUUGCCAACGACGGCGGCGGCGGCGGCGGCAGCAGCAAUAGCACCAGCAGCAGCGUUGCCCCAGAUCCCAAGAAAUCCUUCUCGCUACACUGCUGUUGCGUGAUCGUCGACAUUACACCCGUCUCACAUCCGGUGGCACGUUUGACAUCAGCAACAACGGCCUCGGGAAGGGAUGCGGGCGCCGGCAGCGGCGGCAGCAGCGGCAGUGGCUUGGGCCUCGGUGAAAAUGUCUCACAGCUGGCGAGUCAAUUGUUUCGCUUUGGCAGCAAGAAACGCACCGGCGUCUGCAUCUGCAAUGCCCAAUGCCGUCUGCAGUCGCUCGGCGAGGGUGCAACGCUCAAGACAACGCAUCACGGCUCGCUGGAUCGCUUGCUCCAACAGCAGCAGCAGCAGCCGUUGCCACCGAAGCCCCAACAGCAGUCGAGCGGUGAUCGCUCCAUAAGUUGGGUCGUCGAUGGCGGCGGCGGCGGUGCCGGAGCGCUGCUAACAGCAGCCAGUUCCGAUGACAGCGAUGACAAGCAGCAAAAGAAGCAGCUGGAGGACGUGCCGCCACGCCUACCAGCACGGCGUGGCUCCGGCAAGCAUAGCGUACGCGAGGAAUUCGAACGUGGCGUCGAGGUGGAGAAGUUCUAUCAUCAAAUCAAUGGCGACAUCUUUGAGAUCACGCGACGUGUGCGCGCCAAGGAUGAGGAUACCAUGGAGCAGCGAUGCAUACGGCGCAAGGGCUCGGUGCGGCUCACCGAACCGCACUAUGUGCGCCUGCCCGAACAGAAGCCACAGCUGCCGCCGCGGCGUCAGAAGAGCGCUGAGGAGGUAACCAUGCCAAAGAGCGCGUUGCGCCAGGCGGCGCCGGAGCCACAGUUGGAGUGGUUUGAUCGCAAGGCGCAACAGCGUCACUCCGCGCGCUCCGCUGAAGGCGGCCAGGUGCGCGAGGAGACCAUGGAAUGGCUGAAGCUGCAGAAGAGCAGUGCUGCACAGCAGCAGACGCCUGCACGCACCUCCUCCGGACCAAGCGAGAUUACCGUGCUCAAGGACGAGCUGCCCGACUGGCUGCUGGAGCAUUUGCCGCGGCAGCGCGAGCGUCAAUCCACAUCAGAGAAGCCCGUCAGCUCGGCCUAUGCCAAGGCAUUGGCGGAACUGCUCAAGAAGCCGCUUUCUCGCCAGAGUUCCGGUCCCUGCGAAGUAUCGCUGCUGAAAACAGACAUUGUCGAGUGGCUGACCAAGAUGCAGUCGAGCGUGGGCAGCAAGUCGUCGCGGCGGUCGCAUCAUCGUCGCAACGGCAGCAGCGGCGCAGCGCCGCGUUCCAACUCGCAGGAGGAUCAGGCCACAGAGCAUGCAACGCUGCAGCGGAAACGCCACUCGCUGGGCCACAGCGACGAGGAGCAGCUGCAGCAUCGCCAGCCGCGGCAGCAGCAACAGUUGCCCACACUCGACUGGAUUGCGUAUCCGUUGCACAAGCUGCAAUCGCUGGGCAAACAGCCACCGCCCUCUCAGCCGGUGCCGACGACGACGGUGCCGAGUGGUUAUGAUGUUCCCGUGGCUUCCACCCACACGCCGCUGUGCCAGGAGCAGCGACGGCGCGAGGAGCGCUCAAGGGAGAGACGGCUGCGCCACUCGGCCAGCGAGGUUGUGAGCAGUGCAGCGCCAUCGGCCAGCACGAGCGCACAGCUAGAGCGCCUGGAGCGACUGUAUGCCAAGCCGCACAAGGAGCGCUAUCAGUAUGUGCCCAAGAUAACGCAGCCGCCCAAAGAAGCCAUCGCAACCAGCACGCCCAUUAGCUCCGGCAAGUCCAAGCGCGAGCGUUCGCGUCGCCAUCAGACUCAACGCUCUGCCACCGUGACGGACAUGUCCGCUCAACGCUCGAGCGGCAGCGGCAGUCACAAGCGCAAAUCCUCGAGUGCGGAGCGUGCGCCACGCUCCCGUUCGCCAUCGCCCUGCACAGAUCCCGCCUGCCCGCUGCUGCCCAUUUGCACAGAUCCGCACUGCCGUUAUCAGGAAUGCCAGCGUCGACGCUGCCUGACCUCGUCUGCCAGCUCGGUGAAUCUGGCGCGGCACCAGCAGCUGGCCCAGGUGCAGCUGCAUGCGGUGCCCGCCCAUUUGGUGGGCGGCUCAGAUGCCACAACGCCUUCAACGACGGCCACACCACCACCACCACCGCCAGCAGCUGUUGCGGCGCCCAUACCGGAGCGCCGACUGGUCAUCUGCCAUGAGUGCCGGUCGUGUGCGCCGUUGCUCAGCUGCCAGAAUCGCAAAUGCCUCAAUGCCGCCAAGUGCAACUCACUGCCUCGCUGUGCCGCCGACUUUAAUCGGCUGCGCACCUCACUCGCCCAGCCGCCGGCGACACUGGAUGACAUUGAGCCGGCGCCACUUGACUUGGAACAGCAGCAGCUGCCGUUGCUGCCGCCUGCCUCGCCCACACGCCACAUGCAACACUAUCGCAGCAACUCGCAGCCGAACACGUUGCAGCGCGGCGACUCGACUGCCUCCAGCUGCGGCCUGGCCACAAACCUUGGCUGGCUGGAGCCAGUGCCGCUGCAGUCCUCCAACGGGCAUCUUCAUCACGUGCUCAACGGCAACGGCAAGCUAAUGAAGUCCGCCUCGGCCGCAUCCCUGAACUCGCGUCGCCGCCGCCACAAGACCGUGCACUUUGGCGAGAAUCUGCUGCGCGAGGUGUGCCAGAAUCGCAAGCUCAUCAAGAAGGAGCAAGUGCCAUCGGGCUCGGCGCCCAUGCAGGCCAACAUACAGAUGCUCUACAAUUUUGUGGAGGGUGUGUUGAGCGCUUGGGUGGACGACGAUGAGGAUCAUGUGCGUUCGGGCGCCGAAUCGGAGCCCGAACAUGGCCUGGUCGCCCUGCAACCCAUACAUCGUUGCAAUCGGCUGCGCUAUCAGUGCAUUCGGCGUGUCGUCGAGGAGGCGGCCGACCUGCAGGGCACCCUCAAGCUGGGCAACUCACGGUAUCGCCAUCGCCACUGGCGCAGCACCGCCAAGCAGUGCAACGAAAUGUUCCUUCGCAAGAUCUCGGACGAUGAUCGAAUGAGCCUAACUACUGCCGUUUCGGAUGAAGAUGAUGGCGAAAGUGUCAUGGCGUCACCAUAUAAAGCAAAGGCCACUGGCACCGCUGCAUCCUCCUUCAACUGCACGGGCGCUGUGCGUAAAGCUGGCUUUCUAUCGGUAAAGAAAUGGUUACUACGUAAGAAGCAUCAAAUCGAGCUGGCUCGCAAGCGUGGCUGGAAGGGCUACUGGGUGUGCCUGAAGGGCACCACGCUGCUGUUCUAUCCGUGCGAUUCGCGCGAGGGUCGCAGCGUUGAGGCGGCGCCCAAGCAUUUAAUUAUUGUGGACGGCGCAAUUAUGCAGCCAAUACCGGAGCAUCCAAAGCGCGAUUAUAUAUUCUGUCUGAGCACCGCAUUCGGUGAUGCCUAUCUGUUCCAGGCGCCCUGUCAGGUGGAGCUCGAGAAUUGGGUAAAUAGCAUACACAGCGCCUGUGCCGCUGCAUUUGCGCGUCAUCGCGGCAAAACGGGAACAUUGCAUCUGCUGCAAGAGGAGAUCUUUCGCCUGGAGAAGGCCAUUGAAUCGGAUCACAAGCUGAAGCACAUGGCUGAGCUGCAGCAAUCAGUUGUCACCGAUCAGGAGACACGCCAUCAAAUACAGGCACAGAUUUUGCAAUGGGAGGAAAACCUUGAACGUCUGCACUGCGAACAGUUCCGACUACGCUGCUAUAUGGCCUCGCUCCAGAGCGGUGAGCUGCCCAAUCCAAAGUCACUGCUCACACACGUGUCGCGGCCAACGAAGAAUACUUUGAAUAAGCUGGGCGUUUUCACGGUCUCCUCGUUCCACGCCUUCAUUUGUGCCCGGUCGCCGUCGUUGCUCAAUAAUCUGCUGGCCGGACGUGGUGCCACCAAGCGACGGCCACCGAUGCUGUCUCGUUCGAAUAGCGGCUCCAGUCGUCGCUCCAUGCAGAUGAAUUCACGUGACGAGCCGGAAAAAACCUUCAAAGUUGCAAUGCCCGACAAUGCUUACUCGACAGUUUAUCUACGUGACGCGAUGUCUGUGGAGGAAUUCCUUGCCAGCGCCUGCGCCCGUCGCAACCUCAAUCCCAUGGAGCACUUUGUGCGCGUCAAGAAGCGACGUGACAUGGAGGAUCACAAUUACUUUGUGCCACAUCGCAAUGAUCUGAUUGAAAAUUAUCUACAUAAUCACGAAUUUGUGGAGGUGUGCAUGAAAAUACUGUACCAGGUGGAGCUGCAGCGCACCACAUUGGAGCAAAUGUGGGGCUUCUCCGUUGAGGCGGAGCUGAUUGAGAACGCCGAGCGGCAGGACGAGCUCUGUUGCUAUGUGAGCCGCGUCGAGGACAAAAGCGUGGCCAUGCACAAUGGCAUUAUCAAGGGAGACGAAAUAAUGGUCAUCAAUGGCGCAAUUGUUUCUGAUCUAGAUAUGAUGUACUUGGAGAGCGUGCUGCAGGAGGAGCAACUGCUCAGCAUGAUGAUGCGCUCCUCGCGCACCGAGCCGCCAGAUCUAGUGGGCAUUAUGCGUGUAACGGACGAUAUGAUUGACUCUCUGGUGUGCCCGCCGCCGCCCACAGAUCCGCCAGUGAUGAGCGAAGAGAUGAUAACUGGACUGAUUGUGCCAGCUCCUGGUUGGAAUGGCACUGGCAAGGAUUUGUAUUCACCGGAGGCGGAAAGCUCGCCGGCGCCCUCAUUUGUGGAGCCAACUGUGGCGCAAUUGGCAGUCGGCGCUGGCGGUGGCGGCGGCAUCAUUUCAGGACUGGGCGUGGCCAAGCCAACAUCGCGCACCAGCAGCUUUGAAAUUGAGAAUCUGCUCAAGACUGCGGAGCAAGUUACCGGAUUUUGUCGUUCACCUCAGGAAACGCGCAAAUCGAGCCCCACGGGUUCAGUCACAUCGUCGGUCUCGACCACAGCUUUAACGCCAUCGCGCCAGCUGACCGAUGCCGAGAAACUGCGCAAAGUCAUCAUGGAGCUGGUGGACACGGAACGCACCUACGUCAAGCACUUGAACAAUCUGCUGGAGCAUUAUCUGGAGCCUAUGAAACGCGAAACGUUUCUAUCGAAUGCGGAAAUUAAUGCGCUCUUUGGCAACAUACACGAAAUUGUUACAUUCCAGCGUCAGUUUCUGCAAAAUCUCGAAGAAGCGCUCGAACUUGAGCCGGAAUUCAAUAAAUUCGAGCACUGCGGUCAGUUCAGGAACGUCUUGUUUGCGAUUGGCUCGGCUUUUCUCUAUUAUGUCAAUCACUUCAAGCUGUACUCCUCGUUCUGCGCCAGCCACAGCAAGGCCCAAAAGGUUUUACAUCCAAAUGAGGGCAACCACGCGCUGCAGGAGUUCCUUGCCGCACGCAAUCCCAAACAGCAGCACAGCAGCACUCUGGAAUCGUAUCUGAUCAAGCCCAUACAACGCAUCCUCAAAUAUCCGCUGCUCCUGCAGCAGAUGCGCAAUCUAACAGAUACGCGCGCCGACGAGCACAUUCAUCUGUGCGAGGCACUCAAGGGCAUGGAGAAGGUGGCGGAGCACAUAAAUGAGAUGCAGCGCAUUCAUGAGGAAUAUGGCGCCAUUUUCGAUCAUCUGUUCCGGCAGCAUCAGAAGUCGUGCAAGCAGCCAAUCGACUUGAGUCCAGGCGAUUUGCUCUACUAUGGCGGCGUCGAGUGGCUAAACAUUUCCGAUUUUCUGGGCAAGAUCAAGAAAGGCCUCGAGCUGCAUGCCAUGUGCUUUGUAUUCAAAUCGGCGGUUGUGUUCCUCUGCAAAGAGCGUUUGCGCCAAAAGAAGAAGCUAAUGGGCGUUUCGAGCAAGAAUGCACCAAAUGAGGUGGAAAUCAUACGCUAUCAGGUGCUAAUACCCGUUACCGAAGUGCAGGUGCGCGCCAGCUCUGCCAAGGACAUGGACUCGCACUUCCUCUGGGAGCUAAUCCACCUGCGCUCGCAGCUGCAGCGCCGCUCGGAGAAGGUCUAUGUGCUGUCCAAUAGCACCGCCGAUUUUCGCAAUGCAUUCCUCAAGACCAUCAGGCAAAUAAUACGCGAAAGCGUUCGCAACAUGUCAAUUCCCAUGAAGAACUUUGGCGGCAGCUCCGGCUCCGUGUCAGGUCUAUCCUCCCAAAUGGGCGGCUAUGCGGGCAACUCGCAAACGCUCGAGCGACCCAAGCAGCAGAUCACCAUUGUGCAUGGCUCUCAUACGCUGGGCAAGCCCAAGAAGAAGUCCGGCUCGCAGCGGCACUCGGCGGGCAAUAUUGACUACGACAAUCUGUCGGGCAGCCAGGAGGGCGAUGAGCUGCCACCGAGCGUGGGCGGCGUGGUGCACUAUGUGCCCCACUCCCACGCGCAGCAACAGCAACAGCAGCAGCCGCUGCCACAGCCAGGCGGCUUUCGCAGUCGCAGCAAGACGCUGGGCGAUGUGACAGAAAUCAUUUGCUCGCCCACAGAUGCGCAGCAGCCGCAGCAGCAGCAGCAACAGCAGCAGCAGCAGUUGCAGCAACAGUCAAUGGCGCCACAUCCACAUCCGCAUCCACGCGAGCCACCGCCGCCACCCAUAAGGCAGCCGCAUUUGCAUCAUCACAGCAGCGACAUUGAGCGCAUCGAUCCGGGCACCAAGUCGGAGGGCGAGGAGGACUCACAGCAGGGCACAAUCAGGCCCAAGGCUACGCUGGGCCGCACGCCCAAUCACCUGACGCUCAGCACCACAUCGACGCUCUCGGUGGGCAGCACUGGCAGCCAGGCGCGCUUGAUACAAUCAUCGCAUCCGCCGGCCAGCUAUCAGCCGGUGCUAAUGAAGGAUCUAGGUAAGAGCAGCCUAGACGUCGUUGCCAGCGAGUCUGAGCACGAGUCGGAAUCCGAGGCGCAUGCAGUUCACGUGGCAGCCACGUUUAAUCUAAGUCUAGGCAGUAGUGGUAGCUUGUUUUCAACAACAACAACAACAACAAUCUGUAGCGAUACGAAUCCGAAUCAGACCCCGACCUCGACAGCGACUCCUACUCUGACCCCCAACCCGACACAGACCCCGGCUCAGAGCCAGACCAUGAGACACUUGUCACCGCGGCAAUCGCCCCGCCAGUCGCCCAAGCAGGAGAUCGAGGUAAUUGAGAUCUUCGAGAGCGAAGCCGAGCGCUUGGCUGCCUCGCAGCAGGUGGCCGUGGUGCAUCAGCAUCCGAGAGGUGGCGAGGCACAGCACAAGCGCCGCGAACGCGAUGCCAGCAAUGGCGCAGCCACUGGCCAUGUGGCCGAAACAGACGCCACGGCGCGUUUCAUGGACAAGCAUCUAUGCGAGCUUGAGCAGGAGGACUUGGCGGCGGGCAUAUGCGACAUAGUCACCUACAUGGCCAAUCUGCGCGAGAAGGCCUUCAAGCCAGCCGACGCUGGCGACGAGGCUGCCGAUCAGCAGCAAAACGACUCCAGUCUCUCGCCGGAGCCACAGACCAUUGUGGAGAACACUCAGCAGAUUGUGACCGUGGACAUUGAGUCGCCCUCGCGACCUGCCACCGAGUCGGACAGCACUGGCAAUACGACUGGGCCCUCGGAGCGCUCCGGCGAUGAAACCGAAGAUGAGCCCACCAGCUCGCUGGCCUCGCACAUCGUUGUCAUCGACAAGAAGGUGGACAAAAUCUUCAAGGCCAAGUCUCCGGAGCGACCAGCCGCGGCGACAGGCAGCAAGCCGAAGAGCGGCAAGCGUCAGAGCAUCUACAUCUCGCCAGAUCGCAGCAAGUCCCAGGGCAGCUCGCCAGUGCGCAUCAUAAAGAUCAAGUCGCCACGCAACAGCGUCAGCGAUCAGGGCAAGCGCCUGAGCAUCUGCUCCAGUCGCGAGAACUCGCAGGAUCGCCUCUCCGGCGGACGACGCACGCCCAGUCCACGUCGCAGUUCCGAGGGUGGCGGCAUCCUGAAGCACACAAGUCCCGGUGCCGGCAUACUGAAACCGCCAGCCAGUCCGGCCAAGUCAAAGAGUCCCGAUCGCAGCUGCCUGAAGAAGAGCGGCCCCUCGCAUGUGUGCAGCUCGGAGCCAGCAACGACAUCGUUGUCGCCGCGCAUCUCGCCGCGUGGUAGCGUGGAUCACCUGUCGCCAGAUCGGGCCAGCAUUUGCCAGCGUCAUUCGCCGCGCAGCAGCUUCGAUAGCCAUGGCGGCUCCGAUCAUAAUCUGGAUGUGCCCUACGGCGGCGGCGGUGGCUCGCGUAAGCGCAGCAUGUCUGCCCACGGCAGCUUUGAAACGGGCAACAAGCCGCACGCCCAGGAGACAUAUCAAUACUAUCCGGUAUAUGACAAUCAGACGUGCAGCGAUCAUUAUGUGGCCGCCGCACCCACUAGCAGCCGAUAUGGCUCGGGCAAUGGGCGCAGUCGGCUGAGCAAGUCUCUGGAACGAUCCACUUCGCGUGACAGCACCACCACGAGCAGCUCCUAUCGCGCCUAUGGCGUCUCGCCAGAGCGCAACUAUGUUGUCUAUAGUUCCGGGCCACUGCGCUCCCAGUCCGCAGAGAACACCUUCUCGCAGCCCAUUUACGAUGCGCUGCCCAGGCAGCCGCCACAGCAAUAUCUGCCCAUGGUUAGCUACAUGCAGGAGAUGGAGAUGGGGGGCUAUGGGCAGCCGCCGCCGGUGCCGAGUUGUCAGCAUGAUCCCGCACAGCAGUCGAUGUAUCAGCUCAGCUCCUCGGCACCCGAGUACACCACAUGCAUUGACUGUCUGUACCAGAAGCGACCCUCCUAGCAUAAGUCCCGCGUGCGGCAGAGUCGCACGCGGAAGAAGACGCCACGCGGACUGAGCGGCAUGCCCGGCAUGCCAGGCAUGGUGGUUAGCACACAGCCCACGGCCAGCGGCGGCAUUGGCUACAUGCCGGACAUGGGCGGUGACCAGGCAGGCGGCUGUGUCGAUUGUCACGACUAUUUCGAGAUACAUGUCUAAGGACUCGACUGGGAGCCAAGGACGCAAACCGAGUGAGGAAGAGACACAUAAACAGGGAUUUUAUGAGACCGUUGAACUAAAGUUUAAAUUUACGACUAGUUAAAACAAAACUCAUUACAAAAGCGCAACCAAAGAUAACAUAAAUAACAACAACAGCAACCCGAAAUGCCUCAAAAAUUAUACAAAAAUAAAAACAAAAUAAAACCGCUCAGCUCUACAACAAAGUACUAACAUAUACGUAAGCUCCAAUGCAAACUAUAUAUAUACUAUAUAUAUACAACGUUAAUCAAAACUUGAACACAAGGGAUUGAAAAAAUAAACACACACACACACACACAACAAACACAAACACACACAGCACAGUUAAGAGUCAUGUUUAAGUGUUUAGGUUUAAGUCAGCAAAAGCUAUUGGUUUAGCGCUUAGGAACAGCAAAAAACUACAAGUUCACAGCACAACUUACAUACAAACAUACGUGUGUGCGUGUGCGUGUGUGUGUGUGUGUGGCACAUCAGGUUAAUUAUUUUCCUUUUACACGCAGAGAGCAAAUGCAAAAUUUCCUGGUUUUUGGGACAGGCGUAAUUUGUAAGGUUAUGAUUUAUAUAUUUAAAAAGAAGAAGAGGCAGACGGAGUAGUAGCAGAAGAAAUGUGCACGCAUUACGUAAACGCACAUGGCGCAUACGCCGUGUUGCACACAAUGCUCAAGUGGCGUAAUUACGACUAAAAACUAUAAAGUUGAAAUUCAUACUCGCACUCAAGUAAACUAAGAGACAUGCAUGCCCAACUUACUAACAAACACACACACACACGCACACUAUAUAGACACACACACACAUAGAUAUAGAAUAAAAGUUGUAGGUAAUGUCAGUCGUUCCAACUAUUAGCUGUGCAAACUGUGUCACUGGCAUUUCCGAAAACGUAAGGAAAACUUUUUAAUUACCACGGCUCGCAAGAUGAGAAAUGAUUGCAGCUGAAAGGUAGCGGGUAGCAGGCAGCAGGUGGGCGUUGGUGGCAGGUAAAAAACAGACACAAAAAUAUUUGUGCGUAUUUUAGCUAAAGACUAAGUGAAAAUGCGGGUUGGCAACAUUCAAUAGGUUAACAUUAUACAUUGUACUGCAAUAAAAGCAAAUAUGAAUCAAUAUUUACCAUAGCUAGUUAGACAAAAAAAAAACAAAUCUCAAAUUAUGUGUGGGUGUUGUGACAAAUAAUUUUGCAUUAACUAAAGACAUUUCAUUACAAUAAAUUGCAAAUGCAAAUCACUUACAUUUUUCAUAGGCAAAUUUAACAGGUAAAACAGAAAAUAAAUUGAAGAAUGAUAAUCGUAAGUCGUACCUCAAUGUUUAUGUAUUACAAAAAUAAAAAAAAAGCGAAAAACAAUUUAAUAAUAUAUAAAACAAAUAUACCUAGAGCUACAUAUAUAUAUACACUAGCAAUCAGGGCAAGCAGGCAUGAGCAAAUGACCCAGAAGAUCUUCCAAUUCAAACAGUCCAUAUACCAAAAAGUCCCAAAUACUCAAACACUCGCUCUACUCUUGCCUCGCUCGCAUACAUACACAACACAGACACACACACACAUACACACAUAUUUAGCAUAAGUUUGGGUGUCUAAUAACUGGAGGCACACUUAUAUACAUAGAGACCCAAGACGGACUUAAAGAUCAAAUGUCAGGUUGUUCAAGCUAUACUCAAAAAUAGUCAAAAGCAAGAAAAAAAAACAAAAAACAAAAAUAAAAUAAAUAAAUAAAAAUAAAUUCCUUAGAUAUCUACAAAAAGAAAAGCGUUUACAGUUUACACUGGGCUUCACAGCAGUAAAAUCAAAAUGAAAAAAUCAAAAUAUAUACGAAAUACGAUUUAUAAGACAGCAUAUACUACUAACUAUAUAUACAAGACAUACAUAUACAUGGCUAGCUAAACUACGAUUAAAAUAUCACGUGCAAUAAUUCAAAGUAAAUAAUACAUUUAAAUGGCAAAGCAAAUAAUCUCUAAAUAAAAACCAAUUAAAUUAAUCGUCGAAAUGUCGAAAUGUCGAGGAAAAACCGUAUACCACUUAAUAAAUAAUCAAAAUCAAAUAAUAAUCAAAAGCUCUAAAAUC